AUGGCCAGGUCAGUCUCAUGGUUGUAUUUCUGGCAACGUUGCGGUGACCGCGACAAUCAGUGUGGAGGAAUUGGUUGGAGUGGUGCUACGACCUGCCCUUCAGGAUGGGCAUGCACUGUGCUGAACUCGUACUAUUCCCAAUGUUUACCCGGCGCAGCGACGUCCUCCGCAUCCCAGACGACCGUGAGCUCGUCAGGAGGCGGCGCCCCAACAUCCACUUCGACGGGCACGGCGUCCACUAGCACGCCCACUCUCGUCACCGGCAUGUCCUUCAUCCGGGCGGUUGAGGAUCCCAAUUUCCACAAAUACCUGCGGUCGGAGGUCAUUGACACCGCGUCGGACGCUGUUCUCGGCGAUCCCACGACCGCAGCCCAGUUCCAGAUUGCGGAUGGACAACUGCUGCAACAGAACCCGGAGAUGGCAGCGCCAUUGUAUGCUCAGGUAGAAGCCCGCGCGAACAGCACCGUCAUGAAGCUCAAGAUGUCAUGGUCGACAGAGCCGGCUUCGGGAGACAACGCCGGCACGUUCAUGUGGUCUGGUGACACGUUGGAAUGGGAGAACGCCAGUAUCUCUCGUCCACAGCUUAACGCCUGGCUGGUAUGCCCUGACUCUGCCGGAAACUUGGACGUGUAUGUCAACCUCGGGCCGUACGAUUAUGAGACCCCCGCAGGAUGCGCCGACGAGACCAUUCACGCCUACACCGGUGCUACGCCUACUGCUUGA